UGCGAGAAUCCAUUGCAGUUCCGAUGCUCAGGCUUUAUCGUGUGACGGCGUUGAGGGAUCAGCAACCACCCAUACUAGCCCAGAAGACAAGACCGCAGUCACCAUGGAGUGGAGUCAUCCCAACUUUGAUUCCGGAGAGAGCAAGUCCGUCACAUUUCUUUAUUCAGUGGUUAAAACUUUUGACACUUACUGGGCCAACGAAGCAAUUGCCCAAGCUUUGACGGUAACUUCUAAUGUGGCCACAGAGAGCACAGCAAGCAAACCAGACCCUGAGACCUUGGAGAGCACAGCAAGCAAACCAGACCCUGAGACCUUGGAGACCACUGAGGAAAAAGCCGAGACAAGUGCAGCGCCCAAAGUUGCUGCAGAAGAAGAAACCAAAAGUGGGCCGGAGGUUGUGGCUGAGGCUGAAAGUGAACCUGAAAGAAAAGCUGAGGCCGAGAGUGAGCCAGAAGUGAAAGCGGAAGAGUCCCGUUCGCCGGAAGGAGCAGCCAAAUUGAAUCAGAACGAGUGUGGAAGCAACAAGGGUUGUUUUGGGAUGCCUGCAAAUUGUGAAGAGGCUGGCAACUGCAAGGUCAUGCUUACAUAUGCUCCUGCGGCGGAUAACAACUUCCGCUUGGAGUUGCAAGGUCGCUCAAUUGGAUCUGGUGAUUACAUGUCUUGCGGGUUGUCGUUAGAUGAUUCGAUGGGCGGUGACCUGGUUUUGGCUUGCUUGGGAGGCACGAGCCUGAAAGCAUUUUGGAACAAGAACAACGCAAAGUCCAAUGUUGAAGGAGUGACGGGAGUUGAGUUUCUCAAUCCCAGCUUUUCCAGCGAAAACGGCCUCACCAAGUGUUCGUUCGAAAUGAACCCAAAAAUUAACGCCAAAUUGGACGCCGCUCUGAAUGAGCCAAAUUUUAAUUUAGAUUUGGCCGCGUCCAACUUCCACGUGCUUCUGGCAGAAGGGGCCGUGUCAAGUUCUAAACUCACCUAUCACACCACCAAAGUAGCUUCUUCUCAACCCGUGGAUUUUCAGAGCGUGUCAAAGGUGGCUGGCAGUACUGAUGUCCUCAUCCGGGUGCAUGGAAUCCUUAUGGUUCUCGCCUGGAUGGCCUGUGCCUCGUCCGGGAUGUUCAUGGCCCGAUAUUUCAAAGAAACUUGGAAAGGCAAACAAUUCUGUUCCAAGGACAUCUGGUUCCGAUUCCAUCAGCUCCUCAUGGGCUUGACGGUAAUCCUGACCUUGAUAGCCAUCAUUAUCAUCUUCAUCGAUCGGGGUACAGCGCCGUUCGGGACAGAGGCAAUCAAAGAGAACGCCCACCCAAUUUUAGGCAUAAUAACAUUCGUCCUCUCUCUGAUUCAACCACUCAUGGCCGCUGUGAGACCCCACCCACAAGACACCUAUCGUUGGGUAUUCAAUUGGGCUCAUUGGGGAUGUGGCAACAUAGCUUGGUUGCUUGCUAUCGUGGCCAUCUUUCUAGCCGCGGAUCUUGGCGCGGCCAAUUUCAUCCCCACCUCGAAAUUCUAUUGGCAAAUCGGAGCUUUUGUAGUCGUACACUUUUGCCUCCAUCUCUUGAUGACAUUCCAGAGGUGUUGGGCCAUGAAGGACACGGAGGUGCAGGAUAUCUCCCAUGGUACCCCUCUCUCUCAAUAUGGGAGCACGCAAGUGUUUCAAAACGAGAUUCAGAGCAAGCAGAAUGACCUUCGCGGCUCAGCUUUGAGGAUCACCCUUCUCAUCAUUUACUUGGCAUUCGUUUGGGUUCUGUCAGUUCAUUUGAUGGUGGCACUAGGUCUAGGUGAGACUGGUCGAGAUUACUGGGUUAAUGGCGAAUCAGCAGCCGAAGGCGAGGCCGAAGGCGAGGCCGAAAGUUAAGCGCCGAAUCUUAGUUUGAUGUUAGAUAUUUUCUUCAAUACUGCGACCUGCAAAUUAUUUGUUCGUGACUCGAGCUUUCUCUAAAAAUACAGAUAUGUAUUAAUUGAUAUCAUGCCCCCUUCUCUACCCCAUCAGUUCUAAUGUCCAAAGCUUCAAAGAUGCAGACAAUAUACGAUUUUUUUUUGAA